AUGGCUCCUAGCACCUUCUUGUUCGUGUUCUUCUUCCUCCUGCCCGCCACCGCCGUCGCCGCCCCACCGGCUACCGGCGGCAACGCCGCCGCCGCCUUCAACGUCACGGAGAUCCUGAGCCGGUACCCGGAGUUCAAGCUCUUCAACUUCCUCCUCAGCAAGACCCGCGUGGCGCGCGAGGUCAACAGCCGGAACUCGGUCACCGUGCUCGUCCCGGACAACUCCGCCGUGGACUGGCUGCUCCGCCGCAGCGCCAGGCUGCCGCGCGCCGCGCUCGUGGAGCUCAUCUCCGUCCACGUCGCGCUCGACUACAUCGACGCCGCCAAGCUGGCGGCGCUGCCCCGGGGCGGCCAGCCCACCGUGGUCACCACGCUGUUCCAGACCACGGGGACCGCGCGCAACCGCACGGGGUUUCUCAACGUCACCGCCACGGGCCGCGGCGGCGCCGUCUUCGUGUCGGCCGCGCCGGGGUCGCUGAUCAACGCCACGUUCAAGAGGGCGGUCACCGCGAGGCCGUACAACAUAUCCGUGCUCCAGAUCAGCAACUUCGUCGUGCCGCCGGGCAUCAUCACCAGGCCGCGGCUGCCGCUGCCGCCGCCAUCGCCGUCGCCGCCCGCGCCGAGGAUGAGGCAGAUGGCUAUCGCGCCGAGCCCUGCGCUUGCGCCGACGUCAACUUUGCCGCGGCUAUCUCCGAAGACGAUUCCGACCUCGGAGGGCGAUACCGCGGAGGCUCCCGACACUGCUGAAGCGCCGGCACCGUCGCGUGGACAUGUGGCGCGAGUAACGAGUUGGUGGAUUGGUGCGGCCGUGGGGAUGGCAUGCAUGCUCGGGCGACGUUCCUGUCCGUUGGAUGACUUCCAGAUUCGUGCGCUCUGUUUGCUUGUUUAUUGGUUCCGAUCUCGGGUCCGGGUACUGGAGACCGCACCACCACCGAACGGAGGGGAGGGGGCGAUUCUUCUGGCAUACUCCGCCUUCUACCCCGUGGAGGAAAUUUUGAAAAGUCCUGUCACCAUUGUACUAAAUGAAGAAGCCACAGCAAGGAAGGUUCCCUGCUGGCUUGAUCCUCAGAGGCCUGAAUCACAGCUUCCCGUUGACACUAAAAAAUUUAACAAAAGGUUUUUGUGGUACCACGAGUGGGCACGUGAGACUGCUUUAUCAUUACAAACAUUGCAGCAAUCAAAUGGUAGUAUCAUUGGAGUUCCUACUGCCUAA